UAAAUAUUGAAUAUUGUAGACGUGUAGUGUAGAUUUAGUUUUCUCCUCGUUUAUCUGUUAUCCUACCUUUUUCCCCAUUAGCCAUUAUCUCAAAAUUUGGGUGCAGCAAUGGAAGAUUCAGGUUCACCAGCGCCUCCAAAUUCUCUCCCCCAAGCCCAACACAACAUUUCUCCAGCAGUAAGAAGUAGAAGAAAGCCUCCUUCCCCACAGGAACUCAUAUCCCACUACGAAUCCCAAGGCCAUACUUCUCAUGAUGCUUCAAUCAAGGUAAUUGAUGACCUUCAGAAUGCUCUCUUCAAAAUCAUCUCCUCCGGCAGAGGCAAAAAGGACAAGCUUCUGCUUGAGACCUCCAGGAAAAUCGAUGCUACCAAUAGUCGUCUUGCCGUUCUCGACCUCAAGUUGGAUUCCAAGCCAGGUUAUGCCGAGACUUUUGCCCUAGGUUUGGCUUCUGGGUCUGUUUUGAAUGGACUUGGGACUGUGAUGCCCCAUGUUUUUGGGGCUCUCACCAAUAUUUGGAGUUCCGUUACUAAUCUUACUAAGCAUUCUUGAAUUUUGAUUGAUACAAAACUAGUCUUCGCUUUUGUGGUUUUGUUUUUCUAUUUAGUUAGUUCAGGUGGUUGAUAGUUGCUGUUGUUGGUUAGAUACUCGGGAACCCUAAUAUUUGAGUUUGAGCUAUGCGUUUUCUUUUC